ACCUAAUUCUUGCACACUUUUUAUUGAAUUCUCACUAUAUAUAAAUCUCUCAUUUUUCAUCCCAACAAAAAAACAGAGAAACCCCCAAAAAAUCAUUAACCAAUCUUUCCCAUAUUUUCUAACGACAAACAUUCCCAAUUAUUACUUCUUAAAUUCUGAAAAUCAGUGGAAAUAUUGUUUGAUUUUAAUUUCCCAAUUUAGAAAUUGAAAAUGCAUAGAUUAUUAAUUUCAGUUUUUGUUGGGUUGAUUUUAUUAUGUAAUUUGAUCACUCCAUCAAAUUCACAAAUUUCUCCUUCACAUGCUCCUUCAUCACCCACUUCACUCCCUAAGAUUUCGAGAUCACCGGCGAUUUCACCGGUGCAUUCUCCUCCGGCGCAUUCUCCGGCGCAUUCUCCGGCGAAGUCUCCUUCUCAGUCAUCCCACAUUGUUUCGCCUUCGCCUUCCGAAUCACAUUCGACAAUCUCACCGUCUCCGGCGAGUUUUCCGGCGAAUUCACCGACAUCAUCGUCUCGUAGUCUAGCCCCUCCAACACAGGCACCGGUUUCUUCGCCACCCGUGAUCGCCCCUGUUUCUCCGGUGGUCGGAAGUACACCUCCGGUGAGUUCUCCGGCGGAAGUUCCGGCCGUCGCUGAGACUCCGGCGGAAGUUCCGUCGGUUUCUGAGGGGCCGGUAUUGGGAAUCCCAUCGAGUUCCGCGCCACCAGCCGAGGUGCCUUCCGGGAUUGUUCCCUCGGUGGCAAGUUCGCCGGGAGUGUUAUCGCCCGAGGCGGCCGAGGGACCAAUGCCGCUUGCUGAUGACUCUGGAGCAGAGGCUAAGUUUGGGGUUGGAAGUAUUGUUUUGAGUGGAGUGGCUAUUUUGGUUGCCAUGGGUGUCUAAGAGAUUAUUAAGAUAUGGUUUUAAUUAAAUUUUAGUUUUAGUUCAUUUAUUUAUUAAUUUGUUUAUGUAUUUAUUUUUGGUAGUAGAGAUUUAUUAGUACUAUUAUUAUUAUUAGUACUUCUAUUAUGAUUAAUUGAUUAGUAUUAUGAGAUAUGAUUGUUUUGAUUGAAUGUAGAGUAGUAUCAUUUUAUUAUGAUGAAAUUGAUUGUGAGAUUAAUCAUUAAACUCCAUAUGAUUGAAAUUAAAACACUUUUUUUUUUCUUUAAACGUUUUUCAUGUCAUUUUUUUUUUUAAUUUAUUUUAAAUAACAGUUAAUUUUCCCAUAGACUUUGGGAGGUAGUUGAGAAGAUUUUGGAGAUUGAAUUGUUCCAAAUCCAAAGGAAGUCCUUGUAUCAUUGAUAUUACAUCAUACUUCAUGAUUUAUAACACUGGCUUAGGCCUUUUUUAUGUUUGUGUUUGUUUGUUUGUCUUUUGUUUUUAAUUGGAGACUUUGGUUUAAGUUUACUAAUUUAUGAGUAGGUUGAAAUAAAAUGCACCAUGUACAUGAUGAGCUAAGCCGUGGGUUGGUGCGUGCGUGCGUGCAUAUUAGUUACGAGUACAUUUCAACAAUUCAACAUGUGUAAUUUAUGCAUCUCUAGUCACUUAAAAGUCUCAUAUUCUUAUGUAAGUGUAUGGGGAAGCAUUUGAUUUAGAGAUAAAGGUU